AUGCUAAAUCGAAACAUCGUGCGGACGCUUUUCUCGUCCAGACUCGUCCAGAAAGAAGACCCAGCACUUUUGGCCAAUGCCUUGGGUCUUCUACUGCCAAAGAAAAACGUCAAGUCCGCCUCCGCUUAUCGCCCGCUGAUCUUCCGUCACCUCCAAAAAGGCGAUGUCACCGAAAACUACGCUGAAAUCCGCCGUGAACUUCUUCCCGAACCGGCAAUACCCAGCUCCAUCGACCACUCUCAGCAAGUCAACUUUUUGCUUAUGGACUUGCAGGCGGCGGCGGCCAAAAUGCCCUCCAAAUCGAAGGCGCUGGAGAAGAACUUGCUCAAGCACGUUACGGCGCUUCAAAGCGAAGACGAGCUUGUUGAAUUGGUCUGCUUGUCUCUUCAACAGAAUAAGCUUUCCUUAGCUCUUCUUACUAGAUUCCUCCUCAACAGACACUUGAAGCAGCUUCACAGGCUACCGUUCAAUAUAGACAACUUGGACAAAGCGUUGUUUUGCCGCAACGGCUGGACACAGCAGAACUUUGUGGAGUUUGACGUGCUCCUCAUGAAGAAGUACCACGACUUGAACAAGCCGUUGAUGAUCGUGAAGAUCUUGAGGGAGCAGUUUGAGAGCCUGUUUUUGCCGCUAAUACAGAGCCGUCUCUUGCUGGCGUUCUACGAGCGUAUCGUCUGGAAGUUCUACUUUGAGUACCAGCUUCAUCCAGAAAGAAACGAGACGUACUUCGUCAAGUCCCUCAACAACCUACGGUCGACCCUCACCAUGUGGGAGUCAUCCUCACACAAUAACAGGGCAAUUCUUGAAACAGCGCUUAAAGUGCACGAGGACUUGAGCCCGUUGCAGAGAACCUUCAUUCAGUUAUGUGUCAGCGAGCCUGCUCAGGCGACCAUCACCAAGCAGCUCGAGACAGGCCGCUCUAGGCUCCUUGGAGAGCUUAAGAAAAUUUCAAUACGCUACAAGUUGGCAGGAGUGGCUUCUGCCAGCGACUCUGACAGCGUUGCCAUCAGGGCACAUGGGUACUCCCUCAUUCACGCUGUUGAGAGCUUGAUCAAGAGAGAAUUUCCCAAUUGGGCAUCCCACAAGCAAUUGGCCACUAUCAUGGGUAAUCUAGCACUGGAGCGGGCGGAGAUGGCCCACACGGGGUUGGAGGUUGAUGAGGCCAUGGCGUUGGCGUGA